GGAAAAUAUGGAUUUUUCGUGCAGUCAAUGCUUGCAUUUCCCCAGAAAUCAAAAACUACCAACACGUUUGAUCUUGGCACUGAACCAACUCCAGUUCAUGCCCCAAUGAUCCCACCUAAUAAAGAGAAGCAGGCUGUGAAAUUUGCCCAACUGUGGAACAAAAUUAUUAGUAGUUUUAGAGAGGAAGAUUUAAUAAGUAACAGGGAAAUGGACUUGUUGCUAGUUCCAUAUUGUGCUGAUCGUGAUUUGGACCUUAUCCAAUGGUCUCCUUUCCUGCUUGCCAGCAAGGGUCAUAAAUGAUAUAUUUUCUGAAGUUGAGAAACAUAUAGCCAAUGACACCCUAAUAAGUGAAUUAAAGAUGAGCGGUCUCCGUAGCCUCUAUGACCAUUUUGUUAAGCUGGUUAAAUAUUUGGUUCCUAUCUGAAAUGUUUCAUAUUUCAUUACUGCCACAAACGAGCUUGGUUGUGUAAUCUAUAAAAGCCAAAUCUUUGUUUAAUCAUUUCAGUUGGACAAUAAACCUGAAGAAAGGGAUCGGGUCAUCAUUCUAUUUCAAGACAUGCUGGAGGUUGUGACUAGAGACAUAAUGGAGGAACAGUUUUCCAGGGGAAGCAUUUUCAAUUUGAUUCUUUCAUAAAAUGCUAAUUUAUUAGUUGAUGUUUUAAUGUUGUUCUACAUUUUUCUUGGGCAGCCUUUUGGAUUCAAGCCAUGGUGGUGGUCCUUAUGGAAGGUAUGAAGGGAUGACACCUCUUGAUCAACAAUAUUAGUUAUUUGCAUCCUCUGGAGCAAUCAAAUUUCCACACCUGAAUCAGAAGCCUGGAAAGAGAAGGUAAGCAAGCUGAUAUAAUGAGAAGUUCUGGUCUUCUAAUAGUGGCUUGCUGAUUAUUUUCCUUGUUCCAGAUCAGAAGGCUAUAUCUGUUGCUCACUGUGAAGGAAUCUGCAAUGGAUGUACCAUCCAACCUAGAAGCCUGAAGGCGAAUUUCUUUCUUCUCAAAUUCUUUGUUCGUGGUUAUGCCACCAGCACCUAAAGUUCAGGUGCGACUUUGAUAGGAACUCAGUUAUUAUUCUGCUUUGGUGAAGGCUGCUAUAUCAAAGGCUGUGAAUCCUGCUGAGCUCAUCAAUCCCGUCGAGCCAGUCCAAAAUCUUGACCAGGUGAUGCCUUAACAUGUGAUUGUGAUUAGAUGAAAACUUGAAAUUUGAGUUCAAUAGAGUUAAGCAUGAAAUUCAAUGAUCUUUUAUCAUGUAGUAGGCGCUUAUUUGAGAAAGAAGGUAGAUACCAGAGAUCUCUAAGUAAA